UCUCCGUCGCCGAUCAAAACAAACAAUUCCACCGUGGGGACAAUUUUGGUGCCGCUUUGCCUUGUGAAAUAUUUAUUUCAGAAUAUGUGUGAGCAAUCUCAAAUAAUUGUUUGCCAUAUUUAAAUUCUAGACAGGUUCUAUUGGUAUAAAUAACAUGGGAUCCUCUUCCACCUCCGACAGCGAGGAAGAGCGCAAACAGCGCAAGCACAAGAAAAAGGAUAAAAAGUCCAAAAAAUCCAAAAAGGAGAAAAAGCAUAAAAAAGAAAAGAAACACAAACGCCACCGGCGGCAUCGCUCGUCCUCGUCGUCCAGCGCGGGAAGCGAAAGCGAUCAGUGGGUUGAAGCACUUCCAGCAACUACGGAUGUCCCCUCCCGACAGUCACCCGAAGCGAAGCUCGAGCGUGAAGAUUGGAUGAACAGCAUGCUGAUACCGACGUACAGCCGGGAGCCGAAAAAGGAGGACAAGAAAAACAGUACGCCCGCGGACCAGCAGCAGCAGUACGACCCGAAGACAAGCGUCCGUGAGCUGAAUCCGUACUGGAAAAACGGGGGCAGCGGGUUGCCCAGCUUUCGCAAACCGGCCAAUGAUGAGGAUGACUACGACGAGCGGGAUGAUUACUAUCGACGCCGUGCGAACGAGUCACAGCAGCAGCAGCAACAGCAUCGGCCUAGUAAUGCUGGAUGGAAAAAAUCCGCUCGAGAAACCACUGCAAAUACACUCGCACCAAGGGAAGAUGAGAAAAGGGUUGAAAAAGAACCGGAAAGCGUAAAUAAACCGGAUGCUCUGGAUGAACAGCUCCUGACGGACGAGCAGUUGAAUGAGCUGGGAGCUAAAAUCAUCAAAGCGGAACUGCUCGGCAACACCGCGCAGGCGGAAAGUUUAAAGCUGAAGCUAGAAAAGGCUAAAGCAUACCGUAAUGAAAUGCAAGCGAACAAAAAGCAGCAUCCGUCCCUUCGCCAUGAUCCGGCUGCUCAGAAACGAAGAAUAAGCACGGACGAGCCAAUCACGUACGUUACCGGCAAACAGGGUAAUGAGCGUUCCCAGCGCUUCGACGGUAGGAAGCAGAAACGCUACCAACAAAAUCUACCACCCGGGCCGGAUCUGGCUGACAAGUUCCGGUCCGAGCGGGUCGAGAACGAUAACAUGGACGCACAGUUCUUCAAAGUGUCCGCGAAGAUGGGCGACGGCAAGCGGUUGGAAAACAUCUUCGACCACCAGAAGGCGUCCUCGUCCGCUGCCGGUAUGGAUGGCAUCGAAGAGCGGUCGGUCAAGGACAUGAACCGUAUGGCAAAGGCACAGGCCGACUGUGAGCGUUGCCUCAACUCGUCCGUGUUCGGUCAGGAGCAGCUCAUUUCGAUGGGCAAAAACGUUUACCUCGCGAUACCGACUUGGCGAGCGCUACAGCCCAAACACUGCUUCAUUGUGCCGGUCGGUCACUAUCCCUGCCUGACGCAGGUCGACGAGGACGUUCAUCGGGACAUCGUAGACGUGUGCAAGGCGCUGGUGCAGAUGUUCCGCAAGCACGGCAUGGAGGUGGUAUUUUUCGAAACGGUUCGCUACCUGCACCGCAACCCGCACACGUACAUCCAGUGCGUGCCGGCGAAGGAUUACGAGAUGGCACCGUUCUACUUCAAGAAAGCGAUCCUCGAGUCGGAGACGGAGUGGGCCAUGAACAAAAAGCUACACACCGUGGAGGGGUUCAAUGUGCGGCGAACGGUGCCGAAGGGUUUGCCCUACUUUUGGGUGAACUUUAACAUGGAGAGCGGGUUCGCGCACGUGAUCGAGGAUCAGGAACUGUUUCCGGUUACCUUCGCAACGGAAACGAUUGCCGGCAUUCUAGGGCUCGAAACGCGAGAUUGGCGCAAACCGAGGAAGGAGAUGAAUCCGGCCCAAAAAGUGGAAGAGUUUAAGCGGUGGUGGAGUGAAUAUGACUCCAUUCUGCAAACAAAAUAAUUUUUCAGUUUAUUCUUCUUUUUUUUUACGAAAUAAAGUGAAUUCAAUUUUA